AUGGCAGCUUUUCAGGACACCUAUGAAGCGCACUUCGGCGCCGAACCGUCAAUAUUGACAGAGCUUUCCAGAGAAUCUGUGGAUAAACGAGCAUGGACAUCGUCCAAUUCUUCACUCUCCAGGUUAGGCACCGUGAUUGAAUCCUUCCCUGCUGGGACUUCGAAGCCAGAGCUCUCUAAAGAAUCGCCCGUCUUAGAGCGACUUCGGAUACCAUUCAAUCAGCAACAAGCAAGGCUUCCAUCAGAUCUUGUGGAGCUUCAAAACAACAUACUCUCUGUUCUCCCCACAUACCGUGAUCUUUACUAUGGACAGACGUCGCUUGAAACUGUCAACAGAGUCAGAGAAGCCACCUCUCUUCACGUCCUAAGUCAUGUCACGAAAAAACGGCGACGAGUGCUCAAAAACAACGAACGCCUAGCGCAUGCCUCAAAAAAUUCCACAACCCUUCCUGAAAAUGUCCAGGAUCAAGGGUUCACUCGACCGUCUGUUCUCAUUCUUCUCCCUUUCCGAUCUUCCGCGCUCAGAUGGUUGGAAGCCAUCAUGACCCACACUCCCGCGCCUAACUAUCAAGUAGAGAAUCUUGCUCGGUUCCGGAACGAGUUCGGCUUACCAGAAGGCUCAGUCGAUAAACUAGCCACAGCUGAACCUGGGACAUACCCGCGAGAUCAUGUCGAGACGUUCAAGGGGAACAUGGAUGACAGUUUCAGAGUAGGGAUAAAGCUGACGAGGAAGAGCGUCAAAUUAUUCUCAGAGUUCUAUGCCAGUGAUAUCAUUUUAGCAAGCCCAUUAGGACUGCGCUUGUCUAUUGAAAAAAACAAAAACGCAGACUUCCUGUCAUCCAUAGAGAUCUUGAUAUUUGAUCAGAUGGAUGUUGUCACCAUGCAGAACUGGGAGCAUGUCGAGUUUGUCUUGUCCCAUAUGAACAAACUACCAAAAGAUUCGCACGAUACCGAUUUCUCACGAAUCAAGCCUUGGUAUCUCGAUGGACACGCUGCCUAUCUUCGCCAGAGCAUCCUUUUCUCUACAUAUGAGACUCCGGAGACGCGCAGUUUGUUCAACCAAUCUCUGAAAAAUGUUGCGGGCAAGAUGAGGACAGUCAGACAUUGGUCUCCUGUGGAGGUGCCUGAGGAUCUAGACCAGAAAUUUGUCCAAUUCGACUGUUCUAACAUCAAAGAUGAGCCAGAUAAACGAUUCACAUACUUCAUCACACAGAUACUUCCAACAAUCUUAAAAUCGGCAGUACAAAGUGCCAAUACCGUGAUCUUCAUCCCGUCUUACUUUGACUUCAUCCGUGUUCGGAACCACUUCCGCAAGAGCAGCAUUUCGUUCACAGUGCUGUCAGAAGACUCGACGAAUCAAGAUAUCUCGCGCGCGAGGCAGGCGUUUUUCACGGGCAAACGGCCGUUCCUGCUUGUGACCGAACGAUUCCACUUUUAUCGCAGAUACAAAAUCCGAGGUAUUCGCAACCUCGUUUUCUUCGGCCCCCCGGAUCACGCACAGUUCUAUGCGGAAUUUCUUUCUUACCCUUUCCUGGAUGAGGACGUCGAGCCAUCGGAUGUUACAUCUCGGGUUUUGUACUCGAAGUUUGAUUGGUUCAGAUUGGAGAGGAUUGUUGGCACUAAAGGAGCUACUCAGCUGAUCAGAAACGGAGUAUAG